ACCCCCAGGUAUAGGUCAAGGGUCACCGAGCCCGCAAAAGGUUUGACAAACAGACUCGAGAGACACACACAAAUUUCUAACAUGGAACAACAACAACAACAAUACAUGGAGCAAAUCGCCAAGGCCAUCAACGGUAAAUGGGUUCAGGACCACACUCAGAACGAAAACUAUGACGACUUUCUUCGUGAACAAGGUAUGCCUUGGUUUACUCGCAAGAUGGUACAGGUGUUCAAAAUAAGUCGUGUGGAAGAAUGGAUCGUCAACGGAGACCAGAUCACCUACCGUCAGUACGUCGACCAGAACAGAACGUCUGGGAUGACCCUUACUGUUGGGCAGCCGCCGAUAGACUGCCAUAUCGAGGGUUUCGGUCAUUUUCAGUCCGAGGUUUCCUGGGAUGAGUAUGGUCGAUUGGUGACGCGAACCAGGAGACAAAAUGGCGAAUUCGUACAAACAGGCCGGAUUGACAGCAAAGGGAUGCUGGAGUUGACGAUCCUUCUCCCAUCGGGAAAAACUUGCCGGCGAGUUUUGAAGAGGGUGUAAUGGCGGCUUACUAUCGCUAGAUGGUGGCGUCUACUAAGACAUACACAGUUCUGAUUUCAAACUUGUUGUUUUUAUUCAUUGAAUGAAACUAACAUUACUGAUAUAACACGCCCCCACCCCUAACUAGGGACUGGGGUAUGUCAUUAUUUCUCUUCUAUGGAUAAGAUGUAAUAUACAUAUGCGUGAUACAUUUGUACAUUGUGAACAUGCUUGUAGUCUUCUGUAGUGUACAUAACAAUUUGGCCGUGCGUGCCUGUGGACCAAGAAGUCAUGAGUUUAAACCCCAGCUUUGUCGCCCACCACGUGCACGCAACUUACAAGGGUUGCUGUACAUGACCUUAUACCCCUGUCACAUGUAGCGAAAGGUCGAUCGGACGACG